GUAUCUAAAAAAAAUGUUGAACCUUAGAGUAGUGUCAAAACCUGUGAAACACUUUCCUAUAAAAUCGUGUUUUAUCUUUUAUCUUUUUUUGGAAAACACUAGUCCGAUUAUCAUUUUUGUUAUUAUUUUUUAAAUUUGUUCAGGAAUAAAUAAAUUAUGAUUUGAUCGCACAAUUUCAUAAAAUUGUAAUUUCAUUAUCAAAGAUUAUAAAUAAUAAUUAAAGUCACCAAAAACAUCGAUUUUAUUCACAAGCCAUAAUUGAAAUUCAGAAAAAGCUUAACAACAAAAUGCAUUGCUCAAAACGUAGCCAAAUAUAUAAGAAAGAAAGUAAAAAAAAAAAUUAUUUGGAUAUGUUAACCCGGUGUUGAGAAAAAAAAUAUGAAGUAGUUUUUUGCAAUUGUAUCCGUGCUCAUUUAAUAAUGAUCAUAUCAAUAUGCCUCGUCAAAAUAAACACAUAAAAUGCAGCUAAAACAUUCGAUGAAACGAGAAUUCGAAAUGUCGAGCAGUUUAAGUUUCGAAGAAAUUUUGAACGAGAUACUGCGUCUCGAACAUUACGGAUUUAAUUCCCAGAAACGUAGCGAAACCGCACACGGAAGCUCGCUUGUGUGCGUAUCGCACCUUUUCCUGGAAAAGAUCCGAGCCUCAAAAAUCGUAUCCAAUCCUUUGCUUCCACUCCCAUCCCCUCUUCGUCUUAUUCGUCGUCCCCUUCUAUCGACGGAUCAUCCCGGAGGCCAGUCCACUACGCGUCGUUUACGCGAUUGUAUAUCGAUGAUGAUUGACGACGCCAAGGAUCUCUCCGGCGAAUGCCAACGCACUGUGCGACUCCUGGAGCUGCUGCAACGCACGCACUACGAGCUUGUGCAGGUGAAUGGGCAGCGACGUCUGAUGGCUCCGGAAGUGGCGGGUGGUGAACGACAGCGCGGCAAAGGCGCCGAGGUGUUCCUAGGACGAUUGCCGCGCGACUGCUACGAGGACGAGCUGAUGCCGGUGCUGGAACAGAUCGGCCGUCUCCUGGAAUUGCGGCUGAUGCUGGAUUUCUCCGGGUCGACGCGCGGUUACGCGUUCGCGAUGUACGAGACUCCGCGAAUCGCUCGCGAGGCGUGCGCGCAUCUCGACGGCUAUGAGAUCCGUCCCGGUCACCGUAUCGGCGUGGUCAAGUCCAUGGACAACUGCCGGCUCUUCUUCGGCGGCGUGCCCAAAAACAAGACCAAGCCGGAGUUCAUGGCGGAGCUGACCAAGAUGCUGGACGACAUCACGGAUAUCUACUUGUACCCGAGCGCCCACGAUCGCAGCCUCAAUCGCGGCUUCAUCUUCGUCGAGUUCAAAGAUCAUCGAGCGGCCGCGAUGGCACGCCGCAAGCUAAUACCCGGUAAAGUGACGCUAUGGGAUCACGAGAUCGCCGUGGACUGGGCGGAUCCGGAGCCGGGCGAGCCGAUCGACGAGGACAUCAUGGAAAGGGUAACGACUCUGUUCGUAAGAAACCUCACGCUCGAUAUAUCGCAGCAAAAUGUGAGAGGAAUUUUUCACAGGCACACGAAUGUGCCAAUAUUGAAACUGAAGAAGAUCAAUCACUUCGCUUUCAUUCAUUACGAGAAUCGUCAAGCUGCGCAGAUCGUAAUGGACAUAAUGCAGAAACCGGAUAGUAUCGUCGAAAAGCAGGGCUGGGAGAUUUCUUGGGCGAAGCCGAUCGGAGCGAAGAAUUUCGAUAGGCAACAACACAUUCGCGAAGCGAUAACUAAUUCGCAAUCCAUAUCCAACCUUCAAACGACCGAAACAUUGCGCCCGAAACAGGCCUGGAAUAAGAAACGUUGCAUCAAAACGGAAAUAGCGUCCGAGGACGAGAGCGUAUACUUGGCGCAGAUGAAGGUUCUGCAAAACUUUGUCAAGGAAAGAUUCGAUGCGACAUGCACCUUCGAUUGCGUACCAACGCCAGAUGCGUCUGGAUAUAUUGGCACGGUAAUUAUUCGUAAAGAUCAGAUAAUUUUGUUCGAUUUUCAAGGAAAGCCAAUGGCCUCGAAGCAUAAAGCCCUAAGCGUUGCAUGCGUUAAAACAUAUCAGUAUUUUACAAGUACGCUCCCGAAUUCUGCGUUGCAACAAUUCGAACAGCAUUGCAUCCAAUCAGAAAUAGGCGUUAAUCCUGUGGUUAGUAUGCCGAUUAGUUGGCAUUUGGGAAUAACUCAAAAUUAGAUUUAUGAUCCGUUGCUACUGCAUUUUGUUCGUUUUAUUCUUUUUCCCUUUUAAUUAGUCAUUGAUUGUUUACGGAUACAAAAUUUACAGAUGCACAACUGCAUAAAAAGUAUUACACACAAUCGUUUCCUAUCAGAUAUAAGUAUAAGAUAAUAAUCUUAUUUUAAUUUUAUUAUUUUACUAACGAUAUUAAUUAAUGGAAUCAUUUUCAAUCUGAAAACUAAAUUUAAGUUAUAAUUUUGAGAGACAACAUAUUUUUGAAGAAAAACGCUUAAGAUAUAUUUAGUUCUGAUUUAUUAAAACCGAUGAAAUUGUUUGAAUCAAAUUUCACCAUUUAUACAACAAAAAUAAUUCACACAUGAUAUAUAUGUAUUUCGAGAAUUAUAUAAAGUAAUAGAAUUUUUCUAUUCGAAAAUUGAUUGUAAGUCACGAUUCUGAAAUAAUAUUUUUUCAAAAAAAUGCCCAAGAUAUAUUUAAAUCUAGAUUAUUAAAGUUUAUAUUAAUUGUAAUAAAAGUUUGAAA